CUCCUCCGAUGCGUCCUCGAUAGGACGGGCGGAGCGAGGACACAUCCGGGUAUCUGGACCGUACUUGGCUGAAUGCGAACUUGUGUAUUGGAACAGUACCUGGGCCGCUAGAUGACGUUUCACAAGUUCAGGAGGACACAAGUACAGAGAAGUUCACUGAUUGAGAAACGAUGGAGCUGAAGGAGCUGCAGGAGCUGAAGGAGCUGGCUGCAGACGCUUUAUCUCGGAAUAGAAAAGCUGCUCUUCUCCUCGGCGGUGUUGCGGUUCUGGGACUUGCUGGUCUCGGAUAUAAAUACCUGCGAAACCCAGAGAAAGUAGUCCGGGUGGGAGUGGUGUCGAAGCUCCUCAUCCACCCUCUGAAGUCGGGCAGAGCUGUGUCUGUGGCCCUGGCAGAGUGUCAGCAGAGGGGCCUGAAGCUGGGAGACCUGCAGGACCGGCACUGGCUGGUGGUCACGGAGGACGGACACAUGGUGACGGGCAGACAGCAGCCCCGUCUGGUGCUGGUGUCCCUGACCUGUGAGGGAGGUCAGGUCUGUCUGAACGGCCCCGACAUGGAGGAGCUGAGACUCCCCGUCAAACAGUCCGACAACGCCGUCAUCGACUGCAGAUUGUUUGGAGUAGACAUUCAGGGAAGGGAUUGCGGUGACGAAACGUCUCGCUGGCUCACUCGUUAUCUGGGGGAGGAGAAAACCUAUCGCCUGGUGCACUAUGAACCCCAGAUGACGGCGAGGAGCCUGGAGGAGCCGAAGCCUAUUCCCUCACAAAAUGAGGAGGUGGUCUACGCAGAUGAAGGACCUGUGAUGCUGCUGUCCGAGUCCUCUGUCAAGGAUCUCAGCAGCAAAUUGGAGAACGACGUCACUGCGGAGCGUUUCCGCCCAAACAUUGUCAUAAGCGACUGUGAAGCAUUCGAAGAGGAUUCGUGGGAAGAGGUCCAGAUUGGCAGCGUGCGGCUGCAGCGUAUGAUGUCAUGUGGACGAUGCAUUUUCACCACCGUUGACCCUGAAACGGGUGUAAUCACCAGAAAAGAGCCUCUGGAAACACUGAAAAGCUAUCGUCUGUGCAAACCGUCCGAGAAGCACAUCUACAAAUCGUCUCCGUUGUUCGGACAGCUGCACAGCGUGAAGAAGAUGGGGAUCCUGCAGGUCGGCGAUGUGGUGUACAAGAUCAGCCGUUGAUGGAGGGAGUCAGGGAGUUAAAAAAACAUUCCAACAAACUAUCACGGUAUGAUCACUGAGCUAGGCGACACUAAAGAAACCACUGAAGUAGAUGAAUUGAUCACAUAUAAUAAGGAUAGACACUAAAAUUGCAAAAAGCACAAAAAUGUAACACAAACUUGUCACUGUUUUAUCAACUGGUCUGUGAAUCACAGAGAUAUCAUGCAAAAUAAAACACUAAUCAACAAUUAUUUUAUAGUGGAGUUUAUUUUCAUUAAAUUUGGCCUCAUCUGCGUCAGAUGGGCUGUUUGUAACACUAACGGUGCCUGAAUUAAACACAUUUCUAACAACAUUUCCACUGGUCAAUAAGUCCUGAGAGUACAUGCUGCUAUUAUACUUUUAAUACAAUACUAAAAAAAAUGUAUUAUUCCUGGAAAAAACAGGGCAGAGGGACUCUGCUGGGCAACAUCAACCUGUGGUUUAAAAAAAAAAGAAGAUUCCUGAUAAAUGAUUUAUUCACAUGGAUUAACUGUUCUCCCAUCUAAUAAUGCUAACAUCGUCAAGUCAUCAUAUUUAAAGGCACAGGUUUGUAAUAAAAAAAGGAGAAUUUCCAAUGGACUGGUAGCAAAAAAUGACGUAAAAAAUUAGUAAUGAAGUCCAAGACUGCCAAAUGACAUCAAGAAGAUGUCAAGAAUAAAAUAGAUUUUUACAUUCUAUAUGAUUUACGUAAUAACAUAAAAGAAAAAAGUAGUAGUAUGGAAAAGAUUAUUGUUUUACGUCUCGCCAUCAGCAGGAACAAAAUAACUACUGUCUUCUGAUCCAUGCUGUCAUUGUUUUUACAUUUUAAAGCCAAUACUGUGAUGAACUAAACCUGUUCUGUGCCAGUUGUCAGGGUAAAUAUUCCCCAAACCCUCCCUGUUGACAUGUACUUAACACUUUUAUUUAGAAAAACUUGCAAAGUCUUAACAGAAGAGGGUUAGUGACCUGUUACCUUUCAUUUAAUCUGUGUUUCCAUGGUGGAUUUUUAUACCAGUAAGAGAGCAAGGUUUGAGUCCCAGUAAGAUGUUGGUGUAGUUACAUGCGAUGGCCAGUAGGGAGCAAUAUGCCUUCACUAAACCACCUCAAGAGCCUGUAGAGAGAGGAAGAUAUUUUCCUAUAAAUGAACCUUUGAUACUCAUGUAAAAGUUUCAGUUUGGUUCAGUGAAUUUAAUCUUUCAAAUAUGUGUUUUUUAAGCAGCCUAUAGAUUUGUACAUUGCAGCAGUGACAGUUGAAUGUAUUAUAAAAAGGGACGACAAAGAAGAAAGUGUAAGAUACAGAAAAUCAGCAACAAAAAUGCCAAGAAUGUUUGCAUACUGACCAUGUCCUUUAUAAAGGAUCAAAAUCAAAAAUAUAUAUUUUUAACAACACUAAUCUACCGCUGCUUAAAACAUGUAUCUUCGGAAGUAUGACAUUUUCUUUCUGUGAUAUUGAUGUAUGAACGUGAUUCAUGGUGGAGCUUUUUGUUUUUAAAUGUGGUUUGAAUAAAUAAUUCUAAUCCAUCA